UCACGUGCCUGUCAAAAGCCAACUUGCUCGCGCAGCCGAGGAAGUGCGAGAAGCUCCGCAGUAAAAACGGAAACUAAAGUGAUACGAUUGUAAGUGUUAGUAGGCGUAUAAAGAGUUGCGUUACAUCAUUGAGAUAAAUUUCAUGACAGCUAUCGCUCGGUCUUUAGCUGGGCUAGCUUCCAGGCUAACACGGUAAUGAUCAGCUGAUGUUUUGGUUGGAGAACUAGCUAGUAUCCGACGAGCCUAACUGCAUUACAACAGGAGAGGACACCAGGACUCAUACCAGACAUUUUAUUAUUUUACCAUCGACACGCUAAACAACUACUCUGUUAGUAAUGGCAACAUAUGAAGCUUUGUCUCUCUGACGAACUCAGCUGUUCGACACCGAGCAGGGAUUGAUUCAGCAGAACGUCGCGUUAUCGAAUCAGCAAGAUCCCUUCAAGAUGCACGAGGCUUAUGAACCAGUGCCUAUGUUAGAAAAGCUUCCUCUUCAGAUCGACUGCCUUGCUGCUUGGGAGGACUGGCUGCUUGUUGGAACAAAGCAAGGACAUCUCCUCCUCUAUAGAAUAAAGAAGGAAACAGCCACCAACCGGUUUGAAGUGACUUUAGAAAAAUCCAAUAAGAACUUUUCAAAGAAAAUCCAGCAGCUUUACGUUGUCUCCCAGUACAAAAUUCUUGUCAGUCUUCUGGAGAAUAACAUCCACGUCCAUGACCUACUGACCUUUCAGCAAAUCACUGUGGUGUCUAAAGCCAAAGGAGCCACGCUCUUUGCAUGUGACUUAAAGCAAAACGACUCAGGAGAGGAGAGGCUCAGAAUGUGUGUGGCGGUGAAAAAGAAGCUCCAGCUGUAUUACUGGAAGGACAGAGAGUUCCAUGAGCUGCAGGGCGACUUGGGCGUGCCUGAUAUUCCCAAGUCCAUGGCUUGGUGUGAAAAUUCCAUAUGUGUUGGUUUCAAACGAGACUAUUACCUCAUCCGGAUGGACGGUCGUGGCAGCAUUAAAGAGCUGUUCCCCACUGGGAAACAGUUAGAACCUCUGGUCGCCCCACUGGCUGAUGGGAAGGUUGCUGUUGGGCAGGAUGACCUGACUGUGGUACUUAAUGAAGAAGGAACUUGCACCCAGAAAUGUGCCCUGAACUGGACAGAUAUUCCUAUUACUAUGGAGCAUCAGCCUCCCUACAUCAUAGCAGUUCUUCCGAGGUACGUGGAGAUCCGGACGUUUGAGCCCAGGCUGUUGGUGCAGAGCGUGGAGCUGCAGAGACCUCGCUUCAUCACCUCAGCAGGACCCAAUAUUUUGUAUGUAGCCAGUAACCACUUCGUGUGGCGCCUGGUGCCCGUGUCAAUAGCCAGCCAGAUCCGGCAGCUUCUUCAGGACAAACAGUUUGAGCUGGCUCUUCAGCUGGCGAAGAUGAAGGAUGAUUCGGAUGGUGAUAAGAAGCAGCAGAUACACCACAUCCAGAAUCUGUACGCCUUUAAUCUGUUUUGCCAGAAGCGAUUUGAUGAUUCGAUGCAGGUGUUUGCCAAACUUGGAACAGAUCCCACUCAUGUGAUCGGACUUUACCCAGACUUACUCCCAUCGGAUUAUCGCAAGCAGCUGCAGUAUCCCAACCCUCUACCUCCUUUAUCGGUGGCCGAGCUGGAGAGAGCUCAUCUUGCUCUCAUUGAUUAUCUUACCCAGAAACGCAGCCAUCUUGUGAAACAGCUCAAUGACUCYGACCCUUCAACGACGUCUCCUCUCAUGGAGGGAACGCCCACCAUCAAAAGUCGCAAGAAACUCCUGCAGAUCAUUGACACCACGCUGCUGAAAUGUUACCUGCAUACCAACGUGGCCCUCGUGUCCCCUCUUCUUCGGUUGGAGAACAACCACUGCCACGUUGAGGAGAGCGAGUACGUUCUGAAGAAGGCCCACAAGUACAGUGAGCUUAUUAUUCUCUAUGAAAAGAAGGGCUUACAUCAGAAAGCUCUGCAGGUGCUGCUGGACCAAUCUACUAAGGCCAACUCUCCACUGAAAGGUCACGAGCGAACAGUGCAGUACCUCCAAAGACUCGGAGUGGAGAAUCUGGUCAUAAUCUUUGAGUUUUGUCCCUGGGUGUUAAAGAUUUGUCCUGAAGAUGGCUUGAAGAUCUUUACUGAAGAUCUGCCCGAGGUGGAGACCUUGCCCAGAGACAAAGUACUGCAGUUCCUGAAAAAAGGCUUUGAGGAGCUUGCGAUCCCUUAUUUAGAGCACAUCAUUUAUGUUUGGGAUGAAAAGGGCCCUGAGUUUCACAAUGUGCUUAUUCAGCUUUAUUUAGGCAGGGUUCAGUGCCUCAUGAGACAGUACCUCAACUCACUGCCUAAAGGGGUUCCUGCUGUUCCUGCAGGCAAGGAGAAAGGGGAACUGGGAGAGUUCAGAAACAAACUCUUGUCUUUUCUGGAAAUUUCCAGCAGCUAUGAACCUGCCAGACUCAUCAGUGACUUUCCAUUUGAUGGUUUGCUGGAGGAACGAGCCCUGCUUCUGGGUCGCAUGGGUAAACAUGAGCAGGCGCUCUUCAUCUAUGUCCACAUCCUGAAAGACACCCGGAUGGCUGAAGAAUACUGUCACAGGCAUUACAACAGUUUAGUUGAAGGAAAUAAAGACGUGUAUCUUUCUCUGCUGAGGAUGUACCUGUCUCCUCCGGAUGCCCACUGCUUGGGGCCCAUCAAGAUGGAGCUCUCUGAGCCUCAGGCCAACCUGCAGGCAGCUCUGCAGGUCCUGGAGCUGCACCACAGUAAACUGAACACCACCAAGGCCAUCAAUCUGCUCCCAGCAAACACUCAAAUCCGAGAGAUCCGGGUCUUCCUGGAGAGCGUUCUGGAGGAGAAGGCUCAGAAAAAACGUUGCAACCAGGUGCUGAAGAGUCUGCUGCAGGCCGAGUUCCUCAGGGUGCAGGAGGAGCGAAUCUUCCAUCAGCAGAUUAAAUGUGUCAUUACAGAAGAAAAGACCUGCAGAGUCUGUAAAAAGAAAAUAGGAAACAGUGCGUUUGCCAGGUAUCCUAACGGUGUGGUGGUGCAUUAUUUCUGCUGCAAAGAUCGCAGCGUUUGUCCCACAGAGCAGUAAAACCUUCUCUUCGAACUCUUAAUACCCCACUCCCCCCCUCUCUUUGUGGACGGCACUGUUCGGACCUUUUGGAAGUAGAAAUGCAUCUGAAAGGGUGUCGGAGCUCAGAAGUGGCGCCGUGUAAUCCUGAGCACCUUGUAGAGCUUCUUAACCUGAGCUUAAUCUUUGUUGUUGUGCCGGUCGCAGGGAGCAGGACCGUUUUCUGACAGGCGGAGACUUCCUGUCUGCACACGUGAGCCGACGAGGAAAUAAAGAGGCAGUUUCUCCACACUGAAGAGCAUGUGUUCCUGCAAACAUYAGAGAUGCUGCCUUACUGUAAAAGUAACGACAGACUCCCCCCUCCUGUAAGACUGUGUGCGCCUCAGAAACACACCUUGAUAUGCUACACUGCCUGCAGGUGUAGAUGCCUUCUCUGACUCUGAAGAUUGUAAAGUCAGACGUGGCUCCUGACUUUUUGUUACGUAGCAAAUGCUGAGUGUUUCUUUGGUUUCUUACAGUAUUUCUGUGUAAACAGCUAACUUUAUUCAUAGGGUUUUUUUUUCUAAUUAUGAUUUGGUUGCCAAACUACAUCCACUAUUUAAAGCUUUUCUUUAAGCACUGUUGAAUAAUAAUCACUGAAUACUCACAGUUUCAGUCCUGAAUGUCGUUUACUUUGCUUUCAUUAAUGUGCUUAUAUUACAAAUUAUUCAGCAGCUCAUUCGGUAGUUAUUAAAUCUUGUAGUCCUGGUUUAUAUUUUUUAAACAAACUCGAAUUUUCCAGUUUCAGCAUCUUAAAUAUGAAGGAUAUGUUUUCUUUUUUGUCAUCUGUGACAAUGAACUAACUGGUCGUGGCUGUUAUUCACACAAGCAACAUGAAAACGCAUCUUUAUGCAGAGGUUAUUCCAGGUUUAUAAGAGUUUUGUGUUUUUUCUUUAUGAAAACAAAAGCACAGCUGUUCAACACUGAGUGACUGUCUUCAGUGUGACAAAUACUGACUCCACAGGCAUGAUGGAUGCAUUUUAAAGUCAAUAAUGUUCUAAAAUACGUCUGCUUGUUGUCAGUCUCCAGKGGGGCUCACGGUGCAUGUAAUGUGUGUUUUCAGGUUCCAGAUGAUCACAAAAACACACAGUAUUUGUCUUGGAAGGCCGAAUUAUGUUUUCAACCUUUACACGUUUGCAGAAUUAUUUAAAGUGAGUUUUCAGAAUGUUUUGUUAUGCUAACAGUUGCAUGUUAACAUGCUGUCGAUGGGAUUUGGUUCAAAGCAGCACAGCAUUUGUCAGAGGUGUAAAGACAAAAAUCAAGACUUAUACAGUAUAAACACAUUAGGACACAUAGAAUCACAUACAGUAUGUUCAGUGUUCUAUAUUAAAAAGAAAAUGAGGAUCAAAACAAUCUGGAAGGUGAUUUCUUGUCCAUGACUAUUUAACUUGUAGCAAAUGUAAAAUAUAAAAUGUGACAGCUGUUUAUUCCAGAGAGAAAAAAAUGCUUCAGAUCAGGUUUAUUGUUUCCAACUGGUUUAUAAAAAAAAAACUAAACUCA